GUCGUGAAAUUCUCUACAAAUUCUUCUACAUCAAAAUUUCGAUAUCCCCUUUAGGCUCUGAGAUAUUCGCAAUAGUCCAUCUGUUUACAUCUCCUCUGCUGCUGUCAUAAUACCCCAUCGUCCUGCUCCAUGAGCUGACCAUCAUGAAGACGAGAUUCGAUACCUUUGACCUAGUAUGUUCUGUAGCAGAGCUCCAAAGAUUGAUUGGGAUGAGAGUGAACCAGAUAUAUGAUAUAGAUCACAAAACUUAUUUGAUUCGACUGCAAAGGAGUGAGGAGAAAGCUGUGCUUCUGCUGGAAUCUGGAAACAGAAUACACACGACUGCCUUCGAAUGGCCAAAAAAUACUGCACCCUCUGGGUUCUCCAUGAAGAUGCGAAAGCAUUUAAAAAAUAAGCGACUGGAGGUCCUCCAGCAAGUGGGCACAGACCGAAUCCUGGACCUGCAGUUCGGCUCCGGAGAGGCGGCGUACCACAUAAUCCUGGAGCUGUACGACCGUGGUAAUAUCGUCCUGACAGAUCACGAGCUGACGACCCUGAACAUCCUGCGACCCCACACCGAGGCGGACAAGAUCCGCUUCGCUGUUCGACAAAAGUAUCCCCUACACAUAGCACACACGACAACAAUGCCAGAGACCCCAAUCAUACACGACAGACUUUCCACUGCGAAACCUGGGGAUCCCCUGAAGAAGGUUCUGAAUCCCCUGGUGCAGUUCGGCUCGGCCCUGAUCAAUCACGUCCUCCUGCAGUCAGGAUUCGAGUUCAACUGCAAAAUCGGAAAAAAUUUCUCCCUCGAAAAGGACUUUGAUCGAGUGAUGGAGGCGCUGAAAUUGGCUGACGAAAUUCUCUCGUCAGCCCGAAAAUCUCCCUCGAAGGGGUUUAUAAUCCAAAAGAAGGAGUCGAAGCCUUUGCAAGAGGGAAAUGAAGACUUCAUGAUGACAAAUAUUGAUUUCCAUCCUCUGCUCUUCAAUCAGUACAAAAAUCAGCAUUUCAAAGAAUUCGAGUCAUUUGAUUCGGCAGUGGAUGAGUAUUUUUCCAGGAUGGAGGGCCAGAAGUUGGACCUCAAGGCUCUCCAGCAGGAGAGGGAUGUCAUGAAGAAGCUGGAGAACGUGAGGAAAGAUCACGAUCAGCGUCUGGUGGGUCUGGAGAAGACACAGGAGAUUGACAAGCAGAAGGCCGAGCUGAUUACGAGAAAUCAGGGCCUGGUGGACAAUGCCAUUCUGGCGAUCCAGAGUGCCCUGGCUAAUCAGAUGUCCUGGCCGGACAUUCAGACACUUUUGAAUGAGGCGCAGAGCAGGGGUGAUCCUGUGGCAUCAGCUAUAAAAAAUCUGAAACUAGAGACCAAUCAUAUAUCGUUGAAUUUGAGUGAUCCUUACGACGAUUCCGACGAGGAAGAGCUCAAACCCAUGAUCGUAGACAUUGAUCUGGCACAAUCAGCGUUUGGUAAUGCGACGAGGUACUAUAAUAUGAAGCGAUCGGCUGCUAAGAAGCAGCAAAAGACGAUUGAGUCACAGGGGAAGGCCUUCAAGUCUGCUGAGAGGAAGACCAAGCAGACUCUCAAGGAGGUCCAGGUGAUACACAGUAUCAACAAAGCGAGGAAGGUGUAUUGGUUCGAGAAAUUCUUCUGGUUCAUCACGUCGGAGAACUACCUGGUGAUUGGUGGAAGGGACCAGCAGCAGAAUGAGCUGAUUGUCAAGCGUUAUCUGCGACCUGGAGACCUAUACGUGCACGCGGACCUGUCAGGUGCCAGUUCUGUGGUGAUAAAGAAUCCAUCGGGAGAGGUAGUCCCUCCGAAGAGCCUGGCCGAGGCUGGGACGAUGGCUGUGGCUUACAGCAUCGCCUGGGAGGCGAAGGUCGUCGCUGGCGCCUGGUGGGUCCAUCACGAUCAGGUCUCCAAGACAGCACCCACUGGGGAGUACCUGACCACUGGAUCCUUCAUGAUUCGUGGCAAGAAGAACUAUCUGCCCCCUUGUCAAUUGGUCAUGGGUUUUGGUUUCUUGUUUAGGCUUGAGGAGAGCUCUGUCGAGAGGCACAAGGGCGAGAGGAGGGUGAAGACCGUUGAGGAGGAUCCCCUGGUCGUCGAGGAGGACAAGGAGAUCGCCCUUGAGGACUCCGAGGAUGAGCAGCCACUGGGCGACAUCAAGGAGGAGAAUAUCGAGGGCUCUAGUGAAGAUGAGCGAUCAGUUUUCCCUGAUACUCAGAUCAAGCUUGACCUUUCAGGACCCAAUGUCAAAUUUAUUAUCGAUAAUAAGAGGCCCCUGGAUGAGCAGGACGAUCCUCAGGAGGUUUACCUGGGUGAUAACAUACCUGUCAAAGUGCAAUCGCGAAGAACUUCCACACAAGAAAAGCCAGCCCGAAGCCUACAGGAGAAAGCAGAGAGUGGAAAGCAGAAAGAAACGAGUGGAUUGAAGAGGGGCCAAAAGGGUAGGCUGAAGAAGAUGAAGGAGAGAUACAAGGAUCAGGACGAGGAGGACAGAAAACUCCUGAUGGAAGUGCUCAAGCCAGACGGAGCAGCUAAAGAAGACAAACGAAAGAAAAAUAAAAACUCCCAAGGGCAGAAGCUCCAGCAGAAGAAAAAGGGACCUGGACCACCCCCAGGCCAGCCGAAUCCCCAGAACAUCGACAACGACGACGAGGACGUUGGACCUGCCCCUGCAGUCGACAUGCUCGAUCAAUUAACAGGAAAACCCAUCGAUGAAGACGAAUUACUAUUUGCUGUACCUGUCAUUGCGCCUUAUGGCACUCUCCAGAGUUACAAAUUCAAGGUGAAAUUGAUGCCUGGCACUGGAAGAAGGGGUAAAGCUGCUAAAACAGCGAUUUCUGUGUUUUUAAGGGAUAAAACUAUUACUACUAGGGAGAAAGAUCUUCUCAAAGCUGUCAAGGAAGAAACUAUCGCUAGAAAUAUCCCCGGGAAAGUGAAAAUCAGCGCACCGCAGAUCCAGAAGCACAAGAAAUAGAAUUAUUACAAAGAUAAUGUUUUAUUUUGGCUUUAUCAAUACAAAAUUGUUAGACACGUUCUCAUUAUUGUAAAUACUGCUCAACAGUUGUUUCAAUGAAUAAAUGGGUCUCAUUCUGGA